AUGUGGAAGCGAUUGAUUUCUUUUGCCUUGUAUCCUGCACUCAUGGGAAUUACUCUUGUUUUGUUGAUGGCACAUCAGUAUAUGACAACAAACUCAGGAAUAAUUCCUCUAGAGCCUGGUUUUACUGAAUUUAAUUAUUCAUCUGAUCCAAAGUAUAUUGUGCAAAUCUCAGAUAUUCAUUAUUCGCCAUGUUAUGACACAGAGAACCCUCUUCGAACAGUUUUCUCCAUUGCUCAAGAACAAUUAAAAUCAGAUUUCGUAGUUUUAAGCGGUGAUAUGACUGAUAACUAUAACAAAUGCACUAAACCUGCAUGUUCAUCCCCUGUUCUUGAUCAUUGGAUCGGAUAUGAAAGAGCUCUCAAUGCAUCUAAACUAGAUCAGGAAACAAUAUUUGAAGUUCUAGGAAAUCAUGAUAUGUGGGGAAUUUAUGAGUUCAAUGAAAACCAGUAUUGUUCAAAAUUUGUCAGAUCUUUCAACAAAAGUAAUUUUUAUUCAUAUUCACAAACAAAGAAUGGACUAAGAGUUGUAGCAUUCCAGCCACAAGAUUUCCCAUCUGGGCAUGGUCCUAACUGUUUCAUGCCUAUAUACAGAAGCCACAUGAUUGAUAAAUUCCAAGAAGAAAUUGAAAAAUUAAAUGAUGAAAAAAUUGACACAAUUGUUGUGAGUCAUUUCCCAAGAGAAACAUGUUUGAAUUUCUACACGAAGAGUAAGAAAGGUGAAACAUUUUCUUCCCUAUUAAAGAAGCAUAAUGUCCUUGCUCAUAUUACAGGACACACGCAUCCAAAAAGAAUUGAAGUUCGUCACAUCGAUGGAGAUUAUGUUGAAUUCACUUCUUCAGCAUUUAAGAGAGUUCAUGGAUUUGUUUUGCUUACUAUUGAUAAUGGGCAAGUCAACUAUGAGUUUAAAGACUUGUAUUAUGGAAAAGACUACGCAAUAUUGACUUCACCUUCGCCUUCAAAAUUCCAAAGAUUUACUUUGAAAAACGAGAAAAUUCCGAUAAGAUUGAUAUCAUUUUCUGGCUCUAAGGAUAAGAAUUUCACAGUUAGUGGUGCAGUUAAUGGAAAACUAUCUUUUGAGAAGUUUCUUAAAGAAAAUGUUGCGAUUUAUUCACUGAAAAAUGCUGCAUUCAAAAAAGGUGAAAAUUACCUGAAAAUUUCAGGAGAUUAUGACUAUGAAAUGAACUUAACAGUUGGAACAACAGCGGGUCCAUUCAGAGAACCUCGCAUUGUUAAUGUUUCUAUCUGGUGGAUGCAUCUUAUCUCUUUCUUCUUUUAUUCUUAUUUAGUUUUAAUUGUUAUCGGAUUUUGGAGAAAAUUUAAUACGAAGGGACAUGAAAUUCUAUUGGGACCACUAACAAUUGGUAAUAUUAUAUAUCAAACAAGGUUUGAUUAUAAGUUAUUGAUGACAAUUUUCUUUGUUUGGCCUUUCAUUUUGCCAACAAUGUUCUAUCAGACUCAAAAUAGACUGUCAUCACUUUGGAUCUUUGGAAUGAUGGUUUCUGGACGUGUAUCUUUUGACUUGUUUGGUUAUUUGGCUGUUAUUUUCUAUCAUGUCACUGUAUACUUAAUAUUUAUUGAUGUUUCAGUGUUAAUUGUCAAACAAAAAUUCGCUUUUUCAAAGAUAUGGUGUGACUUAUUUAUUAACACAUUUUUGUUUUUACUUGGUUCAUUAUUCUGGUAUAGAUAUGGUACAGAUAUUGGAUACAAAUAUUACUGGAUAUCCUCUUUUACUUUCUCAAUUAUUCCAAUUUGUUUCAUAUUUUUGGCAAUCUCAGAACAUAAAUUCAACAACAGAAGAUUUAAGAUAGAUUAA